UACAGCCAGAGCGGUAAUUUCAGUCAGGAGUGUCGCGGUCAGCCCCUCAUGUGACCAUAGGGGUCCUGACUGCGAUGUUGUGUGCAGUUCAUCAUGGCGGCGAACAGCAGCAACAGCACGAGCGGUAAAAGCGGCGGAAAGCAGCCCGCUCCGUCUGCUGAGCAGGUGGUGGCUACUUUCCCUCAUAUGACCCCUUUAAUAUCUUGUUGUAAACUUCCUCUUCGCAGCCUCGUCAUUGAGACGCUAAAGGAAGUCGAUCCGUCGCGGAAGUGCUUUCGUUUGGUGGGCGGCGUGCUCGUGGAGAGGACGGUCAAAGAAGUCCUGCCUGCGUUAGAAAACAAUAAAGAACAGAUCACGAAGAUCGUGGAGUCGCUUAACACACAGAUGCAGGCGAAAGGGCGGGAGCUGACGGAGUACCGCGAGCGCUACAACAUCCGAUUAGUCGGAGAGGACGACAAACAGAGCAAAGCGGACGCCAGUCCAGCCAAAGAGAGCGAAGGAGGAGGCUCGAAAGGAGGCGCCGGCGUGCUCGUCUCCUAGUGGAUUUGUCUUUAAACGCUGGUUGGCGGAGAGACUGAGUUGGCAUGUUUCUAUUUAGUCGUACAGAUGCCAGUCAUAAAGCACGAAAGAGAGUGAAAGUCAUGCACGUUUUGUACGUUCAUAACAUUAAAACACAACGGCACAUUUGCAGCCGAAUGCAUCGGCUAAAUUGUUUGCCAUUAUUUGCUUUUCAGUCCAGUUUAGUCAACAAGCGUGUCGUUUCAUGUUUAAACGGACUGCAUAAAUUCUCUAUAUUCAAAAUGGUUUUGAGACUUGACUUUGGCUUUCCUCCAGCUUUGGGAAGACGUGAUAUUUAGUCAUAUUUGGUGCGGAGUGAAACGAGCGACUUGUCUCGUACCCUGGACCUCUGACUGUUGACCGCAGCUCGGCUCCAUCGUUUAUCAUGUCACGACUGUUAUGUUUGUUUUGUUUUUGUGAUUGUUUCGGUUAUUGAAUUAAAAAUACAAAAGUC